AUGAGGCUGUUAAAUAUUUUCCCUUUAGUGGUGUCUGCCACAGCGGCAGCUGUCGUUCGCGAUGUGUCGGCCAUCUCAGUCGACAAGGACGUGCCUAGUUCCGCAGGACCUGCAUUGCUGGAAUCAUACAUGUCGUAUUCUAUUGAAUUUUGCUACUUCCCAGACUACGCAGGAAAUAAAUCCCACCCCAACAACUUCUCUAAUCAGUUGCUUGACAAUCUUGCCGACAUUCAAGGGGUAAAGCCGUACAUACGGGUAGGAGGAAAUACGCAGGACUACGCGCUAUAUAAUGCUAGUCUGGAGUAUGCUAUCAAUGGAACCGUGAUCCCCAGCAAGUCGGUUGAUUAUCCUUACAUCAUCUACAUUGGACCGUCCUUUUUCGAGUCCUACGCAACCUGGCCAAAGACCAAAUUCUCCCACGGCUUUAAUCUGGGUAAGAAUGGAAGUGAAGGUUUAGAGACCCUCCUCAAUACUGUUCCAUUGGCUUGCAAAGCUCUUCAAGACGGAAAGCUGGCGUACUGGGAACUGGGCAAUGAACCAGAUCUGUUUAAAACGUCUUCGCAGGGCCCCGUCAGACCAUCCAAUUGGACAGAGCAAGAUUACGUCGAUGAAUGGCUAGCAAAGUCCCGGAAGAUUCACGAUGCUCUGGCUAAGGCGUGUCCGGAAAUGGCAACUGAGAAGAAUUACCAAUAUCUUGCUCCUUCUUUUGCGGGCCUUACGAAUAGUCUGGAUCCGGUGGCAACUUGGAAAGAUGACCUAAAUACUGAUAAAAAUAUUGCUUUGAAUUCAGUGCAUAAUUAUAUCGGCGGAGCAACACAACCUGGUAUAACCCUUCAAGGAACUCUGAUGAAUCACACAGUCACAGUGACAAAAGUUAAAUCACUAUCAAACCUUUCUCAGGUUCUUGCGGCCGACAACCUUACAACAAAUAUCCCUUUCAUCCUAGGCGAGCACAACUCGCUCUAUAAUGAAGGUGCUCCAGGGCUCUCCAACGCCUUUGGUGCCGCUAUCUGGGGAGUCGACUUCAACCUGUACGCUGCUUCCCAGGGUGUUCGCCGACAACACAUGCAUCAGGGCAGUGACUAUCGAUACGCAUCCUGGCAGCCGGUCGAAACCGAGAACACCACCCUGGGGACAAAGCCUCCCUAUUACGGAAAUGUGUUUGUGGCCGCAAUGGUGCACGGAGAUUCAGAUGUACAGAUCACAGAUCUCCCGCUUUCCAACGAAACAGAAUCGGCAUAUGCGGCCUACGUGGGCGGCAAGCUGGCCCGGAUUGCAGUGGUCAACCUCGUCGAGUACAACUAUACUGACUCGGACCCAACGGCUCCUCGACCAUCAGCAUCUUAUGACUUUCAGCUUCCGUCCGAGUUUAAAUCGGUGUCGGUGCAGCGACUCCUGGCGAACGGAAGCAAUGCGCUCUCUGGCAUUACUUGGGAUGGUUACUCGUACAACUACGAGCUAGAGGGUGGCAAACCGGUUCGCUUGGGAAAUGUGACAGUAGGCGAAACAGCUCGUGCUGAUAAAAAUGGCGUGAUUACCAUUGAUGUACCGUAUUCUAGUGCAGUCAUGUUGACGGUCGAUCAUGGGAACUAA